ACACGGCAAGGCAGGCAGGCAACAAGCGCAGCACGAGCUAGUACCUAGUUCCCACCGCUGUUCCAGCCUUGGCCAGCUCAAGCUUGCCUUCAUUCUCGCCGGUCAAGUAUACCUAGCUAGCGUUCCGUCGACAUGGCGUCCGAGCAGCAGCCGCAGCACGCCCCCGCCGUGCCGAGGUGGACGCCGAGCCCGCCGCGGCGGCAGGACCGAGGCCGAGGCGGCGACGCCCACGACGACGACGAGUACGCGGACUCCGAGCUGGGCGCGUCGUCGUCCAUGCGCAGCACCGACGGGUUCCCCUUCGGCAGCGGGCGCUCCUUCGCGCCGCCGCCGUUCCCGCUGCCGCAGCCCUCGCCGCUGGAGAUCAGCGCGGCAGGGAACGGGACGGCCGCCGCCGACGGCCCCGUCGCCCGCGAGAAGUCGCUGCGCCGGACCGACGAAGGCGUGGUGAUAUCCUGGGAGGACCUCUGGGUGUCGGCGAGCGGCGGCAAGGGCGGCGGCCGCGUGCCCAUCCUCUGCGGCCUCAGCGGGUACGCGCGCCCCGGCGAGGUGCUCGCCAUCAUGGGCCCGUCCGGCUGCGGCAAGUCCACCCUUCUAGACGCCCUGGCAGGAAGGCUAGGUUCUAACGUGAGCCAGAAGGGGGAGAUCCUGAUCAAUGGCCGGAGACAGAAGCUAGCCUACGGGACAUCGGCGUACGUGACGCAGGACGACGUGCUGAUGACGACGCUGACGGUGCGCGAGGCGGUGCACUACUCGGCGCAGCUGCAGCUGCCCGGCGCGAUGCCGGCGGCGGCCAAGCGGGAGCGCGCGGAGGAGACGCUGCGGGAGAUGGGGCUGGAGGGCGCGGCGGACACGCGCAUCGGCGGGUGGGCGCGCAGGGGCAUCAGCGGCGGGCAGCGGCGGCGGGUGAGCAUCUGCAUGGAGAUCCUCACCCGCCCCGCGCUGCUCUUCCUGGACGAGCCCACCAGCGGCCUCGACAGCGCCGCCUCCUACCACGUCGUCGCCCGCAUCGCCCGCCUCGCGCGCCGCGAGGGCAUGACCGUCGUCGCCGCCGUGCACCAGCCCAGCUCCGAGGUCUACGGCCUCUUCGCCAGCCUCUGCCUCCUCGCCUACGGCAGGACCGUCUUCUUCGGCCCCGCCGCCGAGACCACCCAGUUCUUUGCUCUGAGCGGAUUCCCCUGUCCAUCCCUGAUGAACCCUUCUGACCACUUCCUGAGGACAAUCAACAAAGACUUUGACAAGGACAUCGAAGAAGGCAUGAACGGUGAGAAAAUGACCACUGCUCAGGCAAUCGACACGCUGGUGAACUCGUACAAAUCCUCCGCCUACAUGGACAAAGUGACUCGGCAGAUCGCCGGCAUACGCGAAACUGGAGGGGCAAUGGUGAAGAAGGAUUGGCAGCCAAGCUUCCUGACCCAAUCCUUGGUGCUCACCAAGAGGUCCUUCGUGAACAUGUACAGGGACCUGGGCUACUACUGGCUGCGCUUCGCCAUCUACAUCAUGCUGUGCCUCUGCGUCGGCACCAUUUUCUACGACGUCGGACACAGCUACGGGUCGAUUCAGGCUCGUGGCUCCAUGCUCAACUUCGUGGCCGCUUUCCUCACCUUCAUGGCCAUCGGAGGCUUCCCGUCGUUCGUGGAGGACAUGAAGGUGUUCGGGCGGGAGAGGCUGAACGGGCACUACGGCGUGGCGUCCUUCACGAUCGCCAACACGGUGUCGGCGGCGCCGUACCUGGCGCUCAUCUCCGUUGUCCCGGGCGCCAUGGCCUACUACAUGGUCGGCCUCCAGAGCAGCUUCGGCCACUUCGCCUACUUCGCCCUGGUGCUCUUCGCCGCGAUGAUGGUCGUGGAGGGGCUCAUGAUGAUCGUGGCCAGCACCGUCCCGGACUUCCUCAUGGGCAUCAUCACCGGCGCCGGCAUCCAGGGCGUCAUGAUGCUCAACGGCGGCUUCUUCCGCCUCCCCAACGACCUGCCCAAGCCCUUCUGGCGCUACCCCAUGUACUACAUCGCCUUCCACAAGUACGCUAACCAGGGGUUCUACAAGAACGAGUUCCUGGGGCUCACGUUCCCCAGCAACCAGGUGGCCGCCGGCGGCGCCGCCACCAUCUCCGGCAGCGAGAUCCUGAGGGACUACUGGCAGGUGCAGAUGGGGUACAGCAAGUGGGUCGACCUCGGCAUCCUCUGCGGGAUGGUCCUGCUCUACAGGCUGCUCUUCCUGGCCAUCGUGAAGCUCGCCGAGAAGGUGAAGCCCAUGAUAAAGGGGUUCAGGUUCAGGAACGCCGCCGCGCCGUCCGUGCACGUAGGCUCCGGCAGCCCGUGAUGAUCUACGCGGAGGCCGAUCCAUCAGCAACACGCGAUGGCUUAAUUUGUUGGGGCUGCUAGUGUAGUCGGAGCAGCAGCAGCAGCAGCAGUGAGAUGCAAAGUAUUGUGCAAUCUUGUCAUCUUCUCAUUGACAAGGACGAAAAGUAAUAAACAGUGACCUCAACUCUAGUAUCAUUGACUAGAGUUGGGGGCUCUGUUUAUUUCCGGCCAGUUGGAGUGGGCUUAUGGGGACCUCAUUUAUUUCCCGUUUUGUAGCCUUAAAGUAUGUAAUGUAUAUAUGUUGCUUUAGUAGAGUACUUUGUUUGUUG